AUGUCGAGCCGAUGGGAUAGCUCCAACUCUGAGGCGCAGGCGGCGUCUGCCUCUUCGUCUUCCGCGGUAUCUACCUCUGCUGCGGCUGCGGCUGCUGCUGCUGCUGCUGCCAAGAUUGCUGCACAGUUCGCAUCCAAAGCCGCACCAGCCAGCCACAACGACGCUGCAAAUGUCUCGGAAGCGCAACGCAAGGAGCGCGAAACACACGAGGCCGAGUUCACGCACGACAUUGAGAUCAACGACCAACGCAACCGAUACAUGCUCACCAAAGGUCAGACGCAGCAACAGAUCCAUCGCGAAACGGGAGCCAGCGUCACCACCAAGGGAACAUGGUAUCCAGACAAGACACUCGCCACCGCAGAAGAUCCGCCUCUCUACCUUCACGUAGAGGCCGUCUCCCAAGAAAUCCUCGAUGCAGGUAUCGCCAAGAUCAACGAACUCAUGGCACGCGAAGUGCCUCAGCUCGUGGAAGAUCGCCAUCAACGUAGACUGGAUUACGAGAAUCAACGGCCACCGCCGAGGGAGCGACGUAGAUGGCCCGAGGAAAAGGUGCCUGUCAACCUCGAAAACAUUCGCAUGUUCAACGUUCGCUCAAAGAUUGUGGGGCCAGGAGGCAUGUUUGUCAAGUAUAUCCAGAAUGAAACGGGUACAAGGGUGCAGAUCAAAGGGUUGGGCAGUGGGUUCAUCGAGAGCGACACAGGUGUGGAGCUUAACGAGCCCAUGCAUAUCGCCAUCGCUGGUCCGGAAGAUGAGCAGAUUCAAGCCGCCAAGGUGCUGGCGGAGGACUUGAUGGAGGUGGUGCGUUCGGAAUGGCAGAAGGCGUACGAUGCCAUGAGCCAAGGAUACGGAGGUGGCGGCGGAAGAGGUGGGUAUGGUGGAGGAUACGAUGGAGGUGCGCCACGAGGAGGCUAUGCACGUUCGCACGCGUACGGGCGAGGCGGUAGCCCCGUCGGUGCAGGCGGAUACGCUCACCAUCAACAGCAACCGCCGCCGCCGCAGCAGCCACAACAGGCUGGCUGGGAUCAACAGCGAGGAUGGAAUCAGCAUCAGCAUCACUCGUACCCCUACAACUCGAGGCACAAUGGCGAGCCAGCACCACCACCCACAGACGAUGGAGCUCCACCGCCUCCUCCACCAGAAGACGAUGCACCUCCGCCUCCACCCACAGACUCUGUAUCACACCAAGCCUACGCAACUGCACGCCCGGAUUCACAGCCGCAGCGAAACAGCGCCAGUGGCUCGCAGAACGCGUCUUCAACAACCUCUUCCCACACUCGAACUCAAGCUGGCGCCGCAUCGGCAAAGUCACCUGAAGAGGAAGCGCUCGACAAGUACUGGCGCGAAUACGUCGAGUGGGAAGACAGCUUCCGCGCUUACCACAAUCGCGCACCUAGCAAAGACGAGGGUGCGCAAGAUGUGCCUGCCCAGUAUCGCAAGUAG